CAGUCGUUUAGCUGCUAAAAAUGGCCGAGACCAAAGGGGUACUUAUCACUGCGGUUUACAGAGUGAAUCUCCAUUGCCGGCAAUGCGCAUGCGAUAUAAGAAAGCCUCUCGUCAGGACUCAAGGGGUUCAUGGUGUGGAGCUUGAUAUCGAGAAAAAUGAAGUCAAGGUAACAGGUGGUAUUGAUGUGAUUAAAAUCCACAAGAUGAUAGAGAAAGUGAGCAAGAAGAAGGUGGAGAUUGUGUCGCCUCAGAUCAAGAUCACAGACAAGGAGAAAGCUGCUGCAACACCCAAGGAAAUAAAAAAGCCAGUGGUACGCACAACAUCAAUGAAGGUCCAUCUACACUGUGAAAAGUGUGAGCAUGACCUACGGAACAAGUUAUUGAAGCACAAAGAUAUUUACAGUGUGAAGAGUGAUAUCAAAGCACAGACACUAACCGUGGAAGGAACAAUGGAGUCCCAAAAGCUGUUAUUAUACAUUAAAAAGAAAGUGCAGAAACAUGUUGAGAUUAUAAGCUCAACACCAGUGGAGGUAAAGGAAGAGAAGAAGAAGGAGAUUGUGAAAGUUGAAGUCACAAAGGAAGAGGUCAUAGCAGUAGUGGAAGAAAAGAAGAUUGUGAAAAGCACAGGCCCCGAUGCUCCAUAUUUUGUUCACUACGUUUAUGCUCCCCAAUUGUUUAGUGACGAAAACCCCCAUGCUUGUUCUAUCAUGUAA